AUGAAAUGUCAAAGGAUGACCCAAACCAUCUUAUUUCUCUUGAUUUUGGCUAGCUGCAUCACUACACUCAAGCCUUCUAACACAAACUUGCAGACAUUCAUUGGCUGUGCUGUGCGAGAAUUCACUUUCCUAGCCAAGAAGCCUGGAUGCAAGGGGCUGCGCAUCACCACAGAUGCUUGCUGGGGGAGCUGUGAGACAUGGGAGAAACCCAUCCUGGAUCCCCCUUAUAUUGAAGCCCACCACCGAGUCUGCACAUACAAUGAGACCAAACUGAUGACAGUGAAGCUGCCAAACUGUGCUGCCACUGUGGAUCCUCUCUUCACAUACCCCAAAGCCAUCCGCUGUGACUGCAGUGUGUGCCUUAUCACCACAGAAUGUGAGACUACUCUGAAUGCCUCAAGUGAUUAA